AUGGCCUCGUCCCGCCGGGCCCGGCUCCGCGGCCCUCCCGACGGAGGCUGGGGAUGGAUGAUCGUUGCUGGCUGCUUCCUUGUCACUAUCUGCACCAGGGCCGUGACAAGGUGCAUUUCCAUUUUCUUUGUGGAGUUCCAGGCAUACUUUGGGCAGGAUUAUGCCAGAACUGCUUGGAUCCACUCCAUUGUCGACUGUGCUACAAUGCUUUGUGCCCCUCUUGGGAGUUUAAUCAGUAAUCAUGUAUCCUGCCAAGUUGGUAUCAUGCUAGGAGGGCUGCUUGCAUCUACUGGACUAAUUUUGAGCUCAUUCGCCGCCAGUCUGGAACAUCUCUACUUAUCAUUAGGAGUCCUCACAGGACUUGGGUUUGCACUUUGUUAUUCUCCAGCCAUUGCGAUGGUGGGCAAAUACUUCAACAAAAGGAAAGCACUGGCGUAUGGAAUAGCCAUGUCAGGAAGUGGAAUUGGUACCUUCAUCCUGGCCCCUGUGGUCCAGCUCUUAAUUGAGCAGUUUUCCUGGAGAGGAGCUUUGCUCAUUUUGGGAGGUUUUGUUUUAAACCUCUGUGUCUGUGGUGCCUUGAUGCGGCCUAUUUCUCUUAAGGAGGAUUGUAGAACUGCUCCUGAGUUUCUUGAACAGAAUUAUGUCCCUGAAACAGAGAAACAAGACUUAAAGCGAAUGUCCAUAUGUCCACCUUUAAUCAAAUUAUGGCCUCAUGAAUGUUUAUGCUACUGUUCCUGGAAGGAAUAUGACUUUUUGCUGAUGCCAGGCUUCAUGGUGCUCGCAGUGUCAAUUUUAUUUAUGGCAUAUGGCUGCAGCCCUCUUUUUGUCUACCUAGUGCCUUAUGCUUUGAGUGUUGGAGUGAGUCAUCACCAGGCUGCCUUCCUCAUGUCCAUACUUGGUGUCAUAGACAUCAUUGGUAAUAUCACCUUUGGAUGGCUCACAGACAGAAGGUGUCUGAAGAAGCAUCGGUACUUUUGCUACCUCUUUGCUGUGGGAAUGGAUGGCCUAUGUUGUCUUUUCCUGCCAGUUCUCCAAAGCUUCCCCUUGCUUGUGCCUUUCUCAUUUACCUUUGGCUACUUUGACGGAGCCUAUGUAACGCUGAUCCCUGUCAUGACAGCAGAUGUAGUGGGAACUUCUUUAUUAUCAUCAGCACUGGGUGUUGUGUAUUUUCUUCAUGCCAUACCAUAUCUAGUGAGCCCACCUGUGGCAGGUUGGCUUGUGGACACAACUGGCAGCUAUACUGCAUCAUUUCUCCUGUGUGGAUUUUCUAUGAUAUUUAGUUCAGCACUAUUGUGCUUUGCAAGACUAGCAAAAAAAAUCAAAAGAACACAUUUGCGGCCCCUCACGGGUAACAUGGCCUUGAAACAGCACAUCUGGACAAAUGGAGCAAUAGCUUAUUCUGUCACAGCAGAAUUAGACCAAAGGGAUGGUGAAUUUUUGGCUGUGGAUACAAACAGCUUCAGCAACAGGUGACAAGUGCUGUUGAGAUUCAGUAUGGCAUAGCCUGAGGCAGACGUGGCUCUGUGGUGGUUACACUGUUGAAGAUACUUCUCCUGUGAAGCAAGACAUCUUUCAGUUAGAUUUUUCUGUCCUGUUUUAGUUGGCUUAAAUCUACAUACAACAACAGUAAUACCAAGUUAAUGCAGUAAUAGAAAAAAGCUACACUGAAAACAGAGUUUGUAGAUACAAACAUUCAGAGAUUUCUUUGAAAUGCAAUGUUGGUUCCACAGGUAUCAGUCACCAAAACUGACCAAUAACAUUUACAUUUAAAAAUAUCAUUAAUGACACAAGAUUUUUCAUUUUGUGGUCUAGUAUGUUUCAAUGGACUAAUCACACACACCACGAAAAAAUCUCCACAUUUAUCAAUCUGUAUGAAACUCUUUGCAAAUGAAUUUUUCAAAUGCCAAAGUCAUGUGUUCGUUUUGCUUCUGUUUUUUUGGUUUUUUUUAAGAAAAUCUGGCAGGAAACUGAUUUAUGCUGAAAGUAUCUCUGGAGCAGCUUUAAUUUUUACAAUGUCCCUGAACUUUGUACAUACAUUGCAAUUUAAUUUCAAAUAUUUGAAGCGUGCUUUCCCACGUGCUCUCUAGCAAAUUUUACUUUUUUACUUUUUUCUUUUGGAUACCUUUAAAAUUUGAAUUUCUAAACAUUGACAUUCUGGGUAUGAUCUUUCAGCUGAUCCUUGUCUUAGAGAGUGGAAAAUGUGCUGUGGUGGCUCUGCUAUCUGAAGAGGAGUGAAUUUGUGCCAUGGGACCAGGCAUGCUGAUAGAUAAAUGUGCUUUAACUGCAUUAGUUGGAAGAAACCCAAAGGCAACCCGAGAGACCAGAGAGGCUCCUGUGUUUUCAAACACAGAGCGUCUUCCUCUUGUAAAAUCAGCAUCUAUUAGAGAACUUUAGAAUCCAUGCAACCAGAUGGCUGAGAGAUUGCCCACCCCACAGGCUGACAGUGGAGAGGAUGUUGGCAGAAUUGUUUCUGUGUAUUGCAGUGGCAAAUCUGUCUCUUUUCAGACCCAGAAGCUGCAUCUUCAUGUGGUGCCAAUUGCUCAUUUGUACCAUCUGAAGAGCUCUCAGGUCACUUUUCCUUGAUGGCCAGAACACAAGAGCUGGCAGUGACUUGAUGACAGUUUGCUGCUACUUGUGUGAGGAAAAUACUCCAGUUGGCUGCUUCACAGGAGCUAGGGAGUGAAUGUAGCUCCUGGAGUAACUUACUGAUGUGAUGGUCUAAUAAAUACUGGCAUUCUCUACUUUUCCAGAGUGAAAACAUCAGCAGCAAUGGAAAACUUCACAUUCCACAAUACAAAUAGUUUCAGUGUAUUGAUGCCACAUCAAACUGUAUUCUGUUCAUUAACAAAUUGAUCUGAGUCCAAAUAAUGUUCAUUUACACUGAACUAGUAAUUUUUUUAGUCUGCAGUGUGUUGAAUGGCUGCUCAUUUUGUGUGUCUUUUCCACUCUGUGCCUUGUAAGUGAAAGCAACAUAGACUGAUGUUCACCAAUUUGAUUUAGACCAAGAGUACAGCCAUAGGAGUAUAAUGUAUUUAUAUAUAUACACACACAUAUAUAUAUGAAUAAUGUGUAUCAAGUAGUUUUAUUGUCCAAGUGUAUAAUAUAACGCUUAUAUUUGAUACAAUAUAUUCAAAUAUAACAUAUUAAAAUUGUUUGUGUUUAAAUGAAGCGUUUCUCACUGUCCUGCUUCAGGAAUGUAGUCAGAGCCAGUAGCAUGAUCUACGUGCACAGACCAUAGAAUAAAUGCGAGCAGUGCAAAAUCUACUUAAAGCCAAUGACAUAACUUUUCUUCAGCUCAGCAUGAAAAUUGAGUCUUGGGCCCCAGUUUCGUUUUUAACAUAUAUUCAUAAAAAAAGACAAAAAUUAUCCAUGGGUGUUUCUUAAUGAGUUAGGAAAAAUAUGCACAUUUGGGAAAAAAAUUAAUUGGUUUUAUUAGUUAGUACUGAUGAAGAUAAUUUUUUAGAACUUUAUACAAUAUUUUAACAUCAAAAAAAGUAGGGAAUAGUGUGGUCAACAAAAAACAUAAUUUAUUUUUAACACGUUAUAAAUUACCACUGUAAAUAAAUUUACAAAAAUUUAGUUACUUUGUUUAUCACAUCACAACAUGUCACCUGUUGUUCAUGUCAGAGCUGCAUAUUGUAAAAGCCUGUUGGGAUAAUGCUAUGUGCAUUUUUAUUAUAGUAAAUUAUAGUGUGUAAUACAUUAUUAGCAUUUUUUAUUAUUUAAAGAUUUUAUUUUUUCAUAGGCUUUUCCCUUUUUGUUUUUUAAGCAGUACUUCUUGUUUUAAAUAUCUUGUUUAGCAGCAAACAUUCAACUGGUUUUAUUCACAGACCUUUUGUAGAAAAUGGCAAAAUUCUUUCAGGGUUUUCCAACACUGUUUCUGCUCUGACUUAAAUCAAUGGAAUAAAGACUUUUGUGCUUAAAACACACUGUGAAAUAUCAGCCCUGUCAUGAAUGCCCCCAAUGAGAAACAGAAUGAAGGAAGUGUAGCAGGAAAUGACCUGCAAGUGUAAGAAAUGGCAAUACAAUCCAGGCUGGUGAAGCCUCAUGCCAAACUUCUACCUCCUGCUCCACAUAACCCAGGCUCAACAGGUCAUCUUCAUCCAGCCAUGUGAAAUAUUCCAAGCAAUGCAUUAUAGAAUCUCUAGGUUACAAUAGUUUUAAAGAAUUAUUUACUGUAUUGGCAGCUACAAGAUAGCUGAGCUAACUGUGAACAAUUUUCCAGAUGAACACUGCAUGUUUGAGGAUUUAGGGGUCCUUUCCACACUUAAUGAUCUUGUAAUUCUAUGUUCCCACCAGCCCUGAUGGGCACAUGCAUUGAUGGGUAGGAGCUCAGCUGGAGCACUGCACUGCUGAGCCUGUCUGGCUUCCCAGGACAGCGUGGUGGGACUUGACUUGGGGUAACAUCUGUCCAACACAGAUUCUACCUCAGAUGGAUCCUACCUGCAAUUAUGCUCUGUUCUGUGCAGUGGAUGGAAAUUCAGUGUAACUAAGUGAAACUGCUUGCAGCUGCUGAAGUUAUCCCAUCUGUCUCCAUUCCAUGAGGUUUGAAAUGGGAAAAUAAUAAUUAUUUUGAAAUAAUUUAUAUCCUAAUGAUAAUCUGGAUACAUUUAAUAAAUUGUACCUUGGAAAGUUGUGUGAAAACAACAUUGGAAAAUCAAGUACCUUCUGCUGAAAAAUUACUGGUUUUUCAGAAAAAGCAUUCCUGAAACAUUCCUGUCAGCUUGGAUAAUAAUUUACCUCCUGAAAGAUAAAGGCUGUGUUACUAUAUGGUGAAUGUAUUUUAUAUUGCCACAACAAUGCCUUGUUUGCUUUCUAAAGUGUUACAAAUUUAUGUGAGAAGGAAGAGCUUGUUAAACUGUAACACUACUUCAUGGUCAGCAUAGCAAAGUCCU